AUGAUGUGUGCGUAUCUUAAAAUAGUUCGUAAUAGUCGUUCCUCUCCAUGCUCCCAAGCCCAAGUGCUUAUUGAUCAUCAAUAUAUCUCUCCUCUUUUUCAUGCAGAUGUAUUUCGAAAAUUCAUAGACAGUGAGACGGGCAACUUUAGGUCAGUGUUGGCUAAUGAUGUGAAGGGAUUGUUGAGUCUGUAUGAAGCUUCUUUUCUAGGAUUCAAAGGCGAAGUUGUCAUGGACAAGGCUCUGGCGUUUUCCACUGCACAUUUGAAGGAGAAGAAGAAGAUAAUAUCAUCCCCAGGUUUAGCUGUAAAAGUGGAGCAUGCCUUGGACAUGCCGAUCCAUUGGAGGCCAAACAGACUAGAGGCGCGAUGGUUCAUGGAAGUGUAUGAGGAACAGCCAGACAUGAACCCCAAUCUGCUUAAGUUGGCCAAACUUGAUUACAACAUUGUUCAGUUGAUCCACCGAGAGGAAUUCGGCCGCCUCGUGAGGUGGUGGACUGAAUUGGGAUUGGGCAAUAUGACCUUCUUCAGGGAUAACCUCGUCGAACAUUGCUUCUGGACAUCUCUCGUGAUUUUCGACCCAAAAUACAGUGACCUGAGAGAAAUGACAACAAAAGUCGUUGCUAUGAUAACACUUAUAGAUGAUGUCUACGACUUGUUGGGUACUCUGGAGGAGCUCGAGCUCUUAACUCAUCUCAUCAAUCAGUUAGUCGUCCAUCUUACCAUACCUCAAACUUUUCAGCUCUGA